AUGGCCACGGCAGGACCGGCCGCCUUGAAUUGCGAACUGUCCAACAUGGACCAACCAAUGUCAGCCUGGGAACCCUCGUUUGAUGAGCUCAACAACAACAACAACAACAGCAGCAGCAGCAGCAGCAACUAUCCCAGCCACUUCAUGUCGCUGAUGCAGGAUUUCACCAAUGAGCCGUAUCCAGAAGAAUAUUUCGAUUCCGAUGAGAGCCCUCUUCCCUCGGGGCCUGAUGUCAUGGACGACGUGGGGGAUGUUUUCAUCCCCUUGUCCCCUUCUGACGCUCUUCCCAUGAGCCAGGUCAACUUGUACACCAGCUCGCGGAACUCGUUGGCCGACUCGGGCUCCUCCAACGGGCCAACAAGCACAACGGUUACUAGCACAUCAUUGAGAAACCACAAGGAUGAUUCAGUGCUGGAUGGGUCCGAGAUCAAGCCAGAAUGGAAGACGGAGCAAACUGUCGACGGGCGUAAUGGUCUUGACGGGCCAAGUUUCGGAGGAGCGAUGGAGCCUCAUUCAGACUUCAGCUCCCCAAACAGCGCCGGCUACGAGACAGCCCAGCAACUAUCGCCGCAGACGAGCCAGGCCGAUUCUCUGAUGUUUGGCAAUAACAAUAUAUACAUGCCCUUUGAUUUCAAGCAGACAACAAGUGACAUGUCAUUCGAGACUUCGCGCGAAACAUCUCCUUUCUCCCCACGAAUGCCCAACCCCCAAUCGCCGCAGUACUACCAUGGUCUACCAACAAACACCUACCCACCAUGGCACCCAAUCAGCAUGGGUGUAAAUCCGCAGAUGGUGCCUGUUCCAUCACAGUUUUCUGGAAACGUAGGGCCACCGCUCAACUUUAACAGGGGGCUUUUUACCCAACCACAACCUUUCAAGCUUACCGUAGACCCAACGCCUACCAAGUCCCGAGUCGAGACGCAGAUUCCGAUAAAAUUGAACCUGACGCCACUCCCUCCUGGUAUCAAAAGGAUUCAUCUUCCAACACACACCAUCAGCAAGCCAAAGCUUCUCGCCAAGCCUACCCCAGAGCCGUCUCCAGACAUGUUGGAGCUGCACGUUCGGCUUGUUUGUACAAGCGCCAUGCAGAACAAGGACCUCAUGAAGACAGCCAUGGAACAAGCACGCAAGGCAUCCAAGGUACCUAGAGUCAAGCCGACUCUACCGUCCUUGCAGUCCGGAGACGGAAGUGAUGAUGGACCAAAACCUCAGGAUGGCGGGGAAGUCACCAUUUGUCAAAAUUGUGUGUCGCGAGAACGGAAGCGGGCCAGUCGCAAAAAGAUCAAAAAGGUGGAAGAUGAAGAGAUUUGGAGGCAGGACGAGCUAUACCGAGUGAUCGUUUUCAACACUGGCGAAGUCAGGGAGUGGGAAGCCCCGAAAGGGGAGACGGACGAAUCAGGCCAGUUGCAAGUGCACAUGGUGCAACCAGGAGCGCCGUGGACUGUCGAGGCACCGAUGAGAAUCGCGUGUUACUGCCGGCAUCAUACCGAAAAGCUGGGCUUUCAGGUCAUCUUCACACUGACGGAUUUCAGGGGAGAGUUUGUCGCCCAGGCCUUGUCACCCUCGAUCAUGAUUACCGAUGAUCACAAGACUCCCCAUGCCGCCGAAAAUGCAUUGAAUAGACAGGCUGCCGUCGAAAGCACAGUUUUCUACCCCUCGCCUCCCCUGACCAACGCAGCAGACAGGCGCAGCUCAUCGAUGUCUACGCAGUUGCCUGACCAGCCGAUCCAAGCUUCUCGCCUCUUGGUACGCCCGGCUCCGGCUGGACCCCUCCCUGGACAGCAACCGUCGAAGAAGAGGAAGCAGGCCGCAGCACGGCUCGAAACGGCCCUGUCUCCGGUAGCACAACUGCCAUCGACGGUUGGCCCCUCGGCUUCGUCAACACCAUCCCCCCAGUAUCGACACAUGCCACCUGCACAUUUGGGGCUCCCUCCUGACGGAAUGUUUGUGUCACCCACAGGGACAAUGGCCCCAGGUCAGCUGCAAAUGUCACCGGGGCACGCCAGUGGUCCACCGACACCCAACCACAACCAACCGUCGUUAUUCAAUCCGAACGGGACCGCGAAUCUGGACAAUGGAGGUGCCGGUUUAUAUUCUGGAACGUCCUCACUCCACCAAAGCAGAGCCCCCAGCCCCACCACCUCCAUGGCAACCCUUACUAUGCCCGCAGCACGUGGGGGCGUGGCUCUUUCUCAAGUUGCACCCAGAAAUGUGUACGCUUCUGGUCCAGCCAACGCCGCCUCGAACGCCGCUUCACAAACUCCAGUCAUACAUAAGGUGGUACCGCAGGAGGGCUUGGUACUGGGAGGGUAUGAGGUUACUGUGCUAGGCAAGGGGUUCAAGAGGGGCGUGGAAGUGAUGUUUGGCGGUAAGCCGGCGACGACGACGACAUUCUGGGGCCCUGAAUCUCUUGUGUGUCUAGUGCCACCGGCCGAAUCUCCUGGUGCCGUGAGGAUCACUUUCAAGGAUGCUCAACUAGAAUUGCAGGGACACCCCGUGUGGUUUACGUACAAGGACGACUGUGAUCAGCAAGCUGUCAACCUCGCCCUUGCUAUCCUCAACAGUAAGAUGAAUGGAGGGUCUGGUGGUCUCUACGGAUUUGCGCAGCAGAUCAUCGGAAGGCAUCAGGAAUCGCAGGACAGCUUUGGGGCUGGAGGCGGGAUGACUGGAGGGGAUGGAUCAUACACUGGCCGACCAACUGGGGCAAACCUCGAUGGUCAGCUCCUAAACGUUUUGGAGAUGAUUGAUCUCGAUGACAGCCCACACUCGGCUCGGUUCAACUUGAGGACGAGGGCGACGGGUCAAACUGCCUUGCAUGUCGCGUGCUAUCUUGGCCUUCAUCGCUUUGUCGCUGGUCUUUUGGCUCGCGGAGCAAACCCCGACGUGCGAGAUAAGGCUGGAUACACAGCGUUGCACAUGGCGUCUCUCAGGAACCGGCCAGACAUCAUCCGCCUUCUGACUUCGCACGGCGCGGAUUCCACACUGCGGACACUGUCGGGUCUGACUGCUGCGGAUGUGGCCAAGUCACCAGCCGCAAUUCGAGCCAUCAACCGCUUUGAAUCACACACGCGCUCCCGCAGCGGCGUCUCUCUCCAUAGCAGGGUCAAUAGUGCACUCAAUCUCGCAAAGGCACUGCCUGCACGCGAAAGCAAGGAUGCAGAGAGUGAUAACAGCCUCAAGGUGGAGGCCGAUGACGGCGAGGAAAGUCCAGAGUAUUCGACAUUUGCGACCACGGAAGAGAGCGACGUGGCUUCUGAGAAUGCUGACGAAGAAGAUGAGUGGCUCGAUAUGCGCGAAAACAACAGUAUCACACCAGCUCCACCGGCAGAUGAUGCACCCCGUCGGCAGCGCCGUGGUACUGAUGGUCUGGGUGGGCUUGCUUUGCCGACAGCCGCCAUGACUGCGUUUAGGGACCACAUGACUACUCAGUUCCAGCAACUGCAGCAGGCUAUGCAGCUCAACAUCCUGCAGAACCUACCAAUGCCGUACAUCCCUCAGAUGCCAGAUUACCAGGCCGCUGUGAUGCAACGGUUAGCCUCGAUGGUUCCCAACCUGGGCGGCCCUCGUCCAGACUCGAACGUGGAGGACGUUUCCUCUAUCAAGGAGCUGUGGCACGUUCUCUCGUCGAUGGCCACCAGUGCUCAACCCGCGCCAAUCCAGGCACCACCAGCGUACAGCGAAAUCUUCCAACAAGAUACUUAUGACAAGAAGCAAUCGUCUGCGGUUCAAGCUGCCGCCGAGGCCGAGGCAGAUGUCAAGUGUGUCGCCCUGUACGACGAGGCUGGGCCCUCUACUCAAGAGGCCCUGACUGUCACGGCCCCAGUGGUGGAGGCGGAGGAACAGUUCUCGGAUGAAGAUGCCGCUUUCAUCGAGAUUGGGCCCAAGAAUGCCAUCACUGAGGCUCAGCGGGAAAGGAUCUUGAGGGCGCGCGCCGAAAGGAUGAAGAGGCUGAGUGGGGAUCGGAAUCUGUUCUUCAUUUGGAUUCCUCUUCUCGUCCUCAUGAUGUGUGCCAUGUUCUACAGCAGCUUACCGUACUGGGGCUCCACCAUCAGGGAGGUCAUUACCAAUGUGCGUGUACCUCAGGGUGCUGUUCUUGGCCAGCUGGUAUAA